AUGAGCGCAGGUGUUCGCGUCGGUAUUACUCAAAUCGAACAAACGGCGCCGUUUGUAUUUCCACUCGACAAAACACAGAGUUCCGGCGCCCUUCUCACCAUGCAGGCCUCGUCGGGGGUCAGGCUCAGUCCGCCUCCGGUAGGGCCAGCGUCUGGUGUCGGUUCUUGCUCGUCGUUUUCCUCUUGUUCUCCCCUUCCUAGAGUUCCUAUGCAUGCGCGAGACGGAUCCCCGUACAGGUCGCGUGUACACUCUUUUUCGAAGACGUUUCUGCCAUCUGUGUCUCCUCGCAUUGCGCUAAACGUCCCCGCCUCUGCAGCCCAACCUAGCGACCGAUACCGGCUUCCAGACGCCGCUUCAUCGCCUCAUGUUCUUCUCUCUGUGCCCCAAUCUGUUGUCUUUCCUGGAGUAAGCAACUCCCAGCCUGGUCUCUGCCUGCCUGCCCUUUCUCUGUCUGCGGCGUCUCCUGUCGCUCGCUCUGGGGUGUCUCCUCCUGUGGGCGCGAGCGCGGAGACAAUUGCGCGCGCGGGCUCUCUCGCCUCGACUCCCCACACUCUCCCCACAACUGUCUCCUCUGUGCCUCCAGUCACCGCAGCAGGUGGCUCCACGGCCUCGGCUUCUGUCUCGCCUGCCUUCCUGCCGUCUCUGCCGGUGUCUCUGGCCUUCGCGCGGCCCCCAGCUCCGGUGGCGCCCAGUGCGGUCGGAGGUGUCUCUUCGCGGCCGGUUCCGGGGCGCGGAGACAUUUCGGGCGCGGCUGGCCCAGAGCGGGGGGACCAGAGUCGCGAGCGGCAACGGCCUUCUCGAGUAUUUCAGGAACAGGAAGAAGGUGCGAGUUCUUUUCUUGAGGAGACGCACCCCCUACGGAAGGCCUGGCUAGGCUGGAGGUGUCUGUGCUACGCAGAGCCGCCCCCAGGGACGACCGCGUUUGAACGCGCAAGCGUGAAUGAGGAGAUAUCUCACAUGGUGGGUUUUGGCAGAGAGACAGCCUUGCUGUCCGACAGCGACGCCUCCACAGAGGGAGCGGAAGAAGAGGAGACUGCAGGCGAGGAGAGGCAGACGGACCUGGGGGACGUCGAUCGAAGAAAACGCGCAAGGACCGAGAGAGAAGGGGCUCAGGAGGCGGAGGCGAAAAGGCCAAAGAGAAGACGAAAGCGCGACCUCUGGGCUGUACGGACAGGCGGAGAGAGACUGGGGAGAGAUCUGCUUCUCACACAGCAAACUGGUGGACCUUUUGAAAAGGAAAUCCUCGAAUUUCUUGGGCAACAACAUGCCGCGCGAAAUCAUGCUUUCGACCGUAUUUUGGAGGAACUGGAGACCGAGCGCGCCUGUUACGAACGCGACCGCUCGUGCUCCGGUGUCCAGACACUCGGGGCAGCGACCAACAGGGGGGCUGCAGAGGUGGCGCGACUGGAACUUUCUCUCACAGAUGUGGACCAAGACUUUGUCUCUGCAGCAGUCAACAGCUUGCCGUCGAUACGGUGCUUCGCCGAAAGUCUUCGUUUGGACGACCUGGAGAGUUCCCUCCAGACUCGCCUGGCUGCGUGCGAGGCGAGGAAGUGCAGGUUAAAGGCUCUUUGCGAGAAGGCGCGCAAGGAAAGAGCACUGGUUCGCCAGGAGCGAGAAGAAUUGAAAAACAAAGAGAGAGAAUUAGAAAGCAUGUCCGAGGAGCAAGCGAGGGAAGCACCGUCGCACAGAACGUCCAUUUAAAGUGUGCAAAGCGACAAGAACCCCAUGCAUGCAGAGCUUCCUUCCGAAAGCGAUCUCGUGCUCGGGUACUCUUGUAUCCGCUUACACAUCGUAACAUGUACAUUCAUUCACGUACAUUUUCACGGAAUUCACGUCCACGCUGACGUGGAGCUGCACAUGUGGCGCGCGAGGGUGCCUCAAUAGGUGUGUGUGUGUGCAUGCAUAGAUACGCGUCGGUUUCUUUUUCCCCGUGAUAUGCGAGACUUGUCGGACGGAGGACUUCUGGGAUCGCCCGGAUUUGUUGCUCUGUUGGACGGAACUCCCGCGUCCCGUGUCUUGGCGAAAACUCCCCGUACACCGGAGCUGUUUGUCAAAGAGAAACCCGUUGUGCAUCUUCUUUUCCCUCUUUGUUCGUGUCCGCACUCCCAGGUUUGCCGCUUGGUCACUGCUCAGUG